AUGAAAAAUGAAUCAAGCGCAGAGAGUGAGUAUGCGCCAGCCCCCUCGCGUGGUACGGCGUUGGAGGGUGGGAAUACCCCGGCUGGUUCUAGUGGCGGAGUGAUCUCGGUGGGUGCGGCAGCGGUGGUGGUAGCGAGGCCAACGUUGCCAAUUUGCGUUUCUCGGAACCGCGUGUCGAUUGUAAGUGGGUUGGUUGCAGCCUCGGUGGUUGCGCUCGUGAUCGCAGGCGUACUACACUACCUGAAGAAGACGGUCGUGCACGAAGUCAUAUCGUUACAUCCGGGUGCACAUGUCAGUCUCUGGCUCGACAACUGCCAAGUCGAAUUCACUCCCUCCAAUUCGCCCCAGUCUUUCGUCACUCUCUACGGCUGGGGCAGCGAACUCGCAGACGGUACCGCGGAUUUCGACGCCGCCCAAUCGGCUUUCUAUGCACAAGCGCAACACUCCCAACACGCCCCCACCGCCUCCGGCAAUCAUUGGUGGAACCUUUUCUUCCCGUCCGCCAUUAACGACAAGCAGAAACGACGACUAACCGCACGAACAGACUCGGCCCCGCCCCGGCAACUGUUCGGUCCUCUGGCACACAUCCCGCGACCCACCACCACAACGCAACUCGCCACUCGACAGACGCCGAUCCCACGACCCGUGGAAGGCGAGGCAGUCACAUCUGGUAGCCAGACGACCACCUUUGGGAAGACUAUCAAGACCACCUCCAGCAUUGGGAAGACUGGGGACCCGACCGCACACAAAUCGCACAGCAAUGGGCUGCACACGGCCGCCUCGGAGUCGCGAUCAACGGCCGCUUCCCAGCCAGUUGCGGCCAGGACAGCAACCUUAACUGCGACCGCAACCCCGGCCACAGCCACGAAUGAUACGUCCAAGUGGCGGAACCGGAAUCUGUCGAAUAAACUGUACGAGACCUGGCGGUACGUCGACGAGCGGCACUUGUUGAUUAGCAUGAAGUCGGUACAGUCGGGGCACCCGGAAGAGAUAUGUUCCGUGCGUUUCCACUUGUCCGACACGUACAAGUUCGACUCCUUGGUGAUUCGUGCGUCGGAGAGCGAGGACUUUAUCCAUUUGCAGUCCAAGGUUGCGAUUCGUGCGGAGAAUUUGAUUGAGAUCACUACUUUACAUGCGAAUAUAGACUUUUCGUCACGGCCAAUUGAGUCGAAGAAGAUGGUGUUCAAGUUGCGGGAUGGCUACCUAUUUUUAGCACUGGAUGGCGACCCGGCAGCGUACGACUACCGAACGGAUCACGCUUUGCAGAUUGAAUCCAAGACGGCCCCGAUUUACAUCCAGGGAUCGAUUCCAAUGGAUGUCAGUUUGUCAGAAAGACAAGCGACCCGUUUAUUUUUCAAGGCAUAUGACUUGAAGGAGGUGGUUCGGGACGGGAGUUCGAUCAAACUGAGUGGUUGGACAAGGCAGCAUUCGGGCUUUCUGGACACGGGCAAGAGCUUUAGUAUCCGCAUGCCGUUCCAAUCACAGUCGCCAAUUUACUUGUGGCUGCGAGAUGUGACACGAGACGAGUCGCCGGCAGGGGUGUUGUCGGGCGGCACAGUGGUAGUGGAACGGGCGGGGAUGGACGUAGCAUGGGCGGGAGUGGAGCACAUUGAUGCGCCCCACUUGCUUUCGUACUCAGCCUCGCUGCUCCAAGACUUUGCAAGUUGGCUCAAGCUCUCUCCUUCCUCGCCAUGGGUGGCGCUAUUUCAUACUAUUUCGCCUUGGUAUGAUACGAACAGUUACUGGCGUGUGGUCAGCAGUGAUGCGUACGUCAAGGGCUCGAACUGGUUCACGGUGCUUUCUGCGGGUUUAUUGCAGCCGCGAGCACGUCGUUCACAGUUGCAUAUCAUGGGCAAUCACUGUCGUGGUGUUGAGCACUCUCUUUCUUCGCAAAUGCUCAAUGCUUUCCGGACCAGUUACUCCGUCUAUACGGACCUGGAUCAGGCUGACGACGAUCUAGCCGUCACGGCGCAGCGUUAUCAGGCGCAGUGGCCCAGUCUGUACCCCGGCGAACUUGUCGGACACGUUCCCAGUUCCAGCACCUGCCUCUUUGACACCAUCAAUCAAGUCUUCGUCGUCCUUUGGAAAUCCAUUUACCAAAUGACCACCAGCAAAAGCCUCAUCAUAUGGGUUCCGGCCGGCACUGCCGCCAGCGCCGAAGGCAGUGAGGCUCAUGCUGCUUCUGAAACUCAGGACGGCGACACCAGCAGUUCAGAAAAUAGUUCGGACGGCGUCAAAUUCCGCCUCAGCUCGGACGUGAUAAUGCGGGACACACUCACGUUGGCAGAUACCUGGCUUUUCACCGUCGCAGCGGGCAUCAAUCUACUCGUGUCUAUACUCUGCGGCUGCACAAUUAUCAUGUAUUAUCUACCUCGCAUACAGAACCGAAUACGAAUCAAAAAGAACCUAGAAAAUGUCGAGAACGCCGCCUCACAUCGACUGGUGCAUAUCGUCGAAACCCGAUGCAACGAUGAAGAGGCCGCCCUAUGGACCCUCAACGUCAAUAACAUCAGCUUCCCUGGCCAGGGCUUCGCGAUCAAAUGGAACUCAACCAUCCCACCAGAUACGGAAAAAAUCGCGGUUCACGUUCUCAACUCCACCAUUUACCAUCAACGCCACAACCUCGUACCAGCAGCCCCGCGUUUCCAACCCCCCACGGCCAUGGUCCCUGGAGUGGAAGAGACGACGCCGUUGACAACGCCGUCGACGUCGCCGGCGACGCCGUUGACAACGCCGUCGACGCGAGAGGAUGACGAGGCGGUCAUGACGUUGUUGUCGCGCCGUGGGUCAACGGGGGCGCAUGAAAAGGACAAGUUGAAGGUGCUAUACUUUACACCAGCGGACGUGUCUACCACGGUUUUGUUAGGUAUGCGCCAGUUCGGUCUUCUUAUACCUUUGAAGUACCCUGGUGGCGACUUCGUGACGUGCAAACAGAAGUACGAGUUGCAGCACCAGCACAAGUACCGUUUCCGUGUAGUGUGCUUAAACGCCAGCGGGCGACAAGUGAGUGCUUCCAAGUGGUCUGAGGAUUGCAGUGUGAGUCUUACCCCGCAUUUCGCUGCACUGACUUCAGCAUUGCUUCGCAGGCGUGCGAAAGUGAAUUCGCUCGAAAUGUUCGCGCAAAGGCACAUUGUCCGUAGCAUGGCCCACCGCAUACUGGUCCGUCUGGCUGACAUCGCCCUUUUCAUUAGCGACCAUGCAGCCACCGCCGGCCGCCGUUACAACGACAAGAUCCGUUUCUGCGUCUCGGUCCAUUCCGGCGAUUACCACCUAAGGGAACGGCGCAAGUGGCAGGCCGAGACCUGGAACAUUCAGACAUACGCUGAACUUAUACUCGAAGGCGUACCCGUCCUGGACGACGCCGAAAACACACUUGGUGGUAGUGGUGAUGGUCGAGGUAGCGUGCGAGAGAUUGCGGGCGAGUUCAAACCUCUAGUGUAUAAGUUGGCUGACGAGGAGAGACGGGAAGUACAAGUGGCUAUUGAGUUUGUCGGAUCGACACAGAUUUCCAUCAUGAUUUUCGAUGACGUUACUGGACAUCUGUUGUCACGCGGCCAAGUCUCGGACAUCGAUUGGGCGGCUGGUUCUAUGCGCGAAUAUCACCCAAAAAAACCGAACUGCGAAUGGAACGUCCGCUGGGAUCCAGCAGUGCGUGUCGACUUGUUCAAAGGUCGAGAGAGCGCUGCAUCUUGGGGCUUCGCAUGCGUGCGACUUUACCCCAUCACGGCUCGCGAAUAUUGCAAUCACGCAUACAAUGAGAAUACCCAAGUCCGUUUCCUCGACGAUGUACCCGGUCUGGCAUAUCCCGAAGGUUAUGAAGUUGUUCUCAAAUGGGUGUGGAAUGCGCAACCUAAGCCUUGGCAAAUCGAAAUACAUGUUCAUGAUCAGAACACACGUGAAAUAAUUAAGACCAUACCCAAUGUGCCUAACACAGGCUCCCUCUGUUGGGGACUUAACGUACCUUUCAAACCCAACAGUGUUAGCAGAAGAGUUUAUUACUCACUUGCCAUUGGCACCAAUGUUCGAGCUAUAAGCAACUCCCACAAUAUUGUCAAGGUCUUCACUCUUAACCACUUCGAAUUCGCCUAUGCUACGUUCUGCCGCACCUACGGUUAUGAAAUGCAACAUGUAUCGCAACAGGCGUUAAUAGGACUUGGCCUCGAGGUCAUCACCACACCGCUCAAAGUGUGUCCGGAUCUCCGGAAACCCCUUCCCUUCGAAAUCGGCGAAAUGUACCCUCUCGCCAGUUCCGGACCCACCUCAGCACGUACCCAAGGUGGGAGUGGACGGAGACAACGGUCUGGCCGAAAACGAAAUUUGGGGCGUCAGCAUACUCGAGAAGACGACCAGGCAGAGCAGGGACGGGGGCGGGUACGGGAGCGGGUGGGUAUCUUUGAGGCGGCUCGGUUGUUGGCGACACGGUUAAGGAACAACCAGUUGCGAGCGACAUCGAGUGGGAGGGACGAUCGGAUGUUGCUGGUGGAUCACAGUACGCUAUACCAUUGCCCAGGUCAGAUGAUUAUUUCUACGCAGUCGAAGGUGGUGAAGAUUAUUGACCCUUUUCCGACGGACACUGCUUCGCAGGUAAGUAGCGACGUUCAUGUGUAUAAGUCAAUUACAAAGGACGUGGUCUGGAUCGAGAGUUGCCACCUAAACGAAGAUGUCGAGUUAUGGAUGACGAUGAACGACGUGUAUCUGAAUCACCACGGCUUGUUCUCGAGGCGCGUGUACGAGGACUUGUCUUACUGGCUACGGAAACUGCCUGACUUUAGGCAACUUUUCAAGCUGCUUUUCGGCGGCGGCAGAGGUGGCGAGGUGCUGGGGCUCUAUGGCGAUGGACAGGAUGUUCCUCCGCACUUUAGUUUACGCGGCAUUAGUGCGAAAGACCCGAUCGGGGAUAACCCGCCGCCAAAUGGACGUAAAGUGGUGUUGCCGGGGGUGGCGGCUACCUCCUGGCGGCUAUCACGGUCGGGAGGGAGUUGGCUAGACAAGAGCUUGCUAACGGAGCGCCAGAUCCAUGACAUUAUUUACAAAGUGGUGCCUUCCGUCUUGGACAUGGUCUUGAUUCUAAUUAACCUGUCAUUCUACCUUUGGUUCCCUAUAGCACUUGUGGUAUUGUACGUGCAAUAUAAUAAGACUACUGUCGCCUCACAGGACUCGAUCCACUGGAAACCGGAACCCAAGUAUGUUUUAGAUCUGCCGUUCAGUGAAACCGUGUUUAGUGGACACGUGUUCGAUGAAAAUGGUUCCGCCGAAGAUGGAGCGCAGAAUCCCUGGUGGUGGUGGUCAUUGCAAGUUAAUCCGGACAAUUGGGUAGCAUUUCUUAUGUCGAUUCCGUCUCCGGGCCCGCAGAUUUUGGUGUUCUGUCUCGUAUGGAUAACAGUGGUAUUGGGUAAUACAAUAACUGAACCAUAUAACUAUAACCUACGUACGAUUAAAUGCUCCAAGAUAAUGUCACAGAUAUGUCAGUAUAUACAGAUGUUCGUAUUCAGCUCGUUCUUCAUUAGCUUUCUGCUAUGGUUCGGUGUCGGUGCUUUAGUUAACUCGAACAGAUUCCUACCCUUUGCCGUAUUUCUGGGUAGUACUUCGUUCGUUAUUUAUACACUCUACUGUAACCACAAUCAGGCUACCGAUCUCGUGUUACAUUUUAUUGAAGAAAAUCAACAAACGCUCCUCUCGAUCUGUUUCGACCGCUGGUUUCAGAGUCAAAAUCUUAAGUUUGAUCCCGCCACUCUCGCCACCACUGGUGGACCGGGGACUGGUGUCAAUCGUGUGGCACUACGGGAACUGAUGACCAAUUGGAAGAAGAAGAAAUUGAGACAACUCACGGAAGUCCUUAUCCGGGAUACUAAAGCCUCCUCCGAAGAUGAAGAAGAUAUCUGGGCGGGGAGUCCUCACACUCCCGGCCCUCAUGCAGCCAGUCCCUACGGAUCCACGGGUGCUUACGGAUCCACGGGUGCUUACGGAUCCAUGGGUCCUUAUGGAUCACCUACAGGCAGUCCUUAUACAAUGAGUCCUUACGGAGCCAGUCCUCACACCCCAGGACCCCUUGCUCCGGGUCCUUACGGACCUGGUCCGCAAGGACGCAUGAGUCGCGAGGGGUCGUCUGAAUCAUGGUCAUGGGAAAUGUUAACGGACGGGCGCACGUUGCAACGUGCAUUAGCAAAGCGGUUGAAACGCGAAGUGUGCUGGUGGGAACUGCAACGUGUGGUAGCGAACGUUGCGCGUGGUGAUACUUUCUCGAUCGAUGCGGAAGGGAGACCACAACAGCCACCUACUUUGGCGUUGCCUAAGCAUAGUCACUUAGCCUCUUUACAAGACGUGAGCGCGCAACGGAAUAUGUUGGAAGAUUUGUUAUUUGGCUUCGAUACAGCGUUAACGCAAGAUGGAGUGGUAUACGGACCUCGAUUGGGCUUUAGAGUGGACACACAGCUUGUUCCUGGACAGCGGUAUAGUGUGGCGGUUUUUAAAGUGCCCGUCUGGUCUUCGCCGGAGUUAUUGGAGCCGUUUAUGAAGAUUUGUUUGGUGCUCGAUUAUUUUGAUGAAGAACAACGAGGUGUGUGGACGAAGAAGUCGCUCGAAGAUUGGGCUCGAGUCUGUCGUAAGGACAGCGUGGCUUACAGUAGUUUAUUUGACGUAGUAGAAACACGUGUGCUCAAAACCGAAGAUUUGGAGAAAUUCUACACUGAACAUCCCGAACUACUCAACAUGGACUACUGUGCCAUCUACGACACUGCCACGGCCUACGACACCGGCGACGCUCGCGGCGGAGCAGAGGGCGAAGGCGCCACGGUCCCCGGCGUCGAAAGCGACGAGGACUUGCUGGAGCAACAUCAGGGUGGCGAGGACGAAGACAGUGACAGCGAAGAAGCGACAAGCAUUAACCUCAACGGGCUAAGACUCAAGUUCAUCUACCGCUCCAUCACUAAUUCGAGUCGCGGCGCGAAGAUGAACGACCUUCUCACCUCUCUGCCUUUUAUCGCUCAGAACGUUGUAGAUCUCCAGUUUGCCGUUCUCUACCCAAUCUUUGGUCGUGAUUAUGUUCAAGGUAUCUUCGGGCGACACGACCGAAACCUGCUGCACGACCGUGCACGAACUACCGCAGCCUCCACGUCUGGUGAGCGCAUCAUCCUGGCUCUAAAGGGGUUGCAUAUAGACAUGGUCCGACAGGUGCAGGAGUCGGCGUUGCGCAUCCACCGUCGAGUGUUCGAUCGCACACGUAUACAGACCAGCAUCAGCCAGUUCUACGACCAUGACAUGGUGGCUAAUAUACAGCUCAAGGCUGCGAGAUUGUCCGACUUCCGUAUUGAAAUUCAUUCCACCGAUUUGCACCCUUCGAACCGCUGGAUUUCCCUCUCGCCAGUUUCCGUCACGGCUCGUCAGGCUAUGAAGUCCUUCUCCGUCUAUCGUAGUCGCCGUAUCCUCCAAAUCCGCGAUCGUUUUACUAUCAUCAAUCAUGCUACACGUCAUCAAGCCGACCUCAAAAUCUCCGUCAUUACAGAAGCUUUGUUUGAAUGUGGAGUAUUAAGGGAGAGUGAGGUCGCCGAAGACUCUCUGCAUGUUAGCCUCCUCGCCCUGGACACCGCCGGGACUCGAACUGGCGACCGUGGGCCAGGGACCUUCGCGACCGGCGCACUGAGUGCCGGCGCCGGAGAUGAGAUCACGAUGUACCGUCCCCGUUCAGAAGAAUGUGCUCGCUUCCUUGGCAACCUGAUUCAGCAGGUUGUGGGGAAUAGCCUCAUGACCGUAGAUCACAUCACGGUUGUGUUGCAACGAAUUUUCAGUGAGUAUUUGUGGCUCUAUGAAUUCCGCGCGUUGCUAGCGCUCUGCGGUCUCGAUUUCCGCCAAUUCCUGCUGCCGGGAAGUUCCGCUGCGCAGCUGGACGUGACGGACACGGAGGAGGUGGAGCAGCUGAUUGUGGACGUGCUGUCGAUUACACAGAGUGGUAACGAGGCGGCGCUGAUAAAGGAGUCUUUGAAAGACCCGGACAAGUUCAAGCAAGCGAAUCUGGUGGAGUGGAAGAACAUAACGUUGGUGAAGAAAAUUUUUGACCAAUUCAGCAACCGUUCCUACUUCCUGCCAGUGGACUUAGCGGACGAGGCAAUUUUGUUGCUUACUGACAACAAGUUACCCACAGCCGGCGUAAUAUCUUGUUUAAUGAAGUUGCAAAUAGGCGACUUAAGUUUCAUGCGCUCGGCCACGAUUCCGGACGCACUGCAGCAGAAUGAAAUCCGGUUCAGCAAGGACCAGACAACGGCAAUUAUUGAGAAUUGGGCUGGUGCAAAUGCGAACAUGAAUGCAAGUGACUCACUUCUUCCAGUGAGUAGUUUGGAAAUCCACGCUAUGACUUCGAACAAAAAAGGUGGCGGGUUCGAAACCGGUAACGACCCGGAAGAGAGUUUAUUAUUGACAAGCGAUUUGGAUUGGUCGAAGAAUGUGAUUAACUCAUCUUGGCCGCGAGUGUUACGAGAGUCUCAUGCUAAGUUAACGUCGGCAACACCAGGUUAUAUUUCUAAGAGUCAGUUGACGGAAUUGAUAGAACGUGUGGAGUUGUUUUUUGGAACAGAUACACAGUUGCUUAGCUUUGAAGGUUUCCAUCGUGUGUGCCUGGAGCUUGGGCACAGUGUGAGUCGACGACAUUCGCGGCUGCUUUGGAUCUUGGUCUGCUUGGAUGUGAGUGCCAUCACGCAGCCGGGUGUGGCGCCAAGCGAAAUCAAGGUAACGGAAGUACUGCCGCUAGCGCCCGUGGCAAAUGCACUGGCGCGGGCGGUGUUGCAGCCUUGCGAUGCCGGUCAAAACGUUUUGACGUUGCGCCAUACGGUGAGACUUAAAGGUGAAGUUAGCCUCGAUGGAGAGACACCACUAGACCUCGUCACCCAUUACGCCGGCUUCCUUGACUACGAACUAUUUAAGCGACUGGUGCGCUACAUUGGCGUAGAUGUGGCGGAAUCCGGCGUCCAGCGACUCUGGCAUGACCAUCCCAAAGAUCCUAUGCUCCUUAGCUCGCUACUGCCCCAGAAUUUGUUCACCAACUUUACUGGAGGCCUGACCCAUGGAGGCGGUAACAGCGGUGGCAACUUGGUUAGCAGCUUGGUGCAGAGCCAGUUGCAAAGCCAGAUGCAUAGCCAAGAUCGGCAAAGUAUGAACGCAAGUAGGGGAAAUUUGAGUAGCAUGGACAUGGGUCUUACUGAAGCUGGUCGGAGUGCGGUGGGUGGCAUUCAGUACGUUAAGAUCAACAUGGAUCCCACUGGUCUGGACCCGAACAUUGGCUACGUGUGUCUCAUCUCAAAAGUCUGUCACAUCCUUCCCGGCUUGCUCUCCACUGGUCUGUGGCCGGGUGCAUUGUGUCAUUUGUUCCGUCUUAAUCUGCACUUGAGCGAGCUGACGGACCCGCGUAUCCGGGAGCUCCUCGUGAGUAAUAAGAAGAUCUAUAACAAGUACGGGCUCAUUCGUCCAGAGUAUAUACCAUACUUGUUGGAAAACGUGUCAUUUCAGGGUAUGAGUUUCUCAAUGCUAGAAGAUAUGAUCGAAGAAAUGGAACUUAGAUUACCGAAAGAAUCAACCAAAAAACUAUUCGACUCAUUGGAUGUCAACCAUGACGGCACUCUGGAUAUGGGAGAGUUGCUUGCAGGUUUUGAGCUCUUGCUGUCUCGGCUUUUACCGGACAAGAUUCUCAACGGCGUUAAUUUAUCGACUGAGCAGUUCUGGCUUAAGAUGCUCACAGUACUGGUAGCUAUGUUGAUACUUUUUCUUUUCACAGGACUGGCAUUCAAGUCGUUCAUUAAUACAACUACGGGCGCCAGUACGACUGUGCAGUCUUUGCUUGCACUACUUGGAGCUGUGGGACUCCAGAGCGGGGCGAGUCAAGAUUCCGAGAAGGUAAUUGCGCAGAUGAAACUACGCAUGGAAGAUGUCCUUUUCGCCACUAAUAGUGGCAAACAGACUGUACAUCUCGAAGAUCAAGUAAGCAUUAAUAAACAUAUCCUCGAUAACAUUAACGCCAAAUCUAAAUACCUUAACCAAAUACAGACACGGAACAAGAUAAUUAAACCAUUACACCUUACCUAUCUCAUACCCCGCAAUGUACAACCUGACCUGCAUGAUCCAAGACCUUGCGUUCGAAUCAUGCUCGGUGAAAGUGUCCGUCUUGAACCCCUUCUCAAUCUCGCCUGUGGGGUGGUCGUUGCACACUCCACCACCAUUGUUGACUCUGCCACCACCCAGACUGGCGUCGGAGUCGGAGUCCCAGGACGUGGACGGAGUCCAGGACCCAACCAUCGCACGGGUGUGCCUCAUACCGUACAGACAGCCUAUAGCCAUCGCGCCGACUGCGCGGCCAUCACCGAUAUGAUCAACAACGGACUCGGAAUCGUCGCCUCUUCCGACAUCCGCAACUCCUGGACAGUCGCACCCGCAUUCCCAACUUGGUCCGGUCUACACUUCGACUACACCUCCGGCGUCAUCACCACACAGUGGCACGACGGCUGCACAGCCAUGCCGCGCAAAUGCUUCACCAUCACCGCCCAAAACCAGGGCGGGCGAACCACAACCAGACUCAACAUACAAAUCAUCAACAAAAACGGCGGCUAA